AUGAGAAGAAAAUUAGUAAAUGAAAAUAUCUAAAUGAAAAAAUAUAAGAGUUGUUCAAUAUAGAGAUCUGUUUAAAAAGAGAUUUCAAUAGAUAGAAAAUAAAGUAUAUCGUAAAAAAAAGGAAAUUUUGAUAAAUAAGGUUCAAUGUAAAUUGUUGAAAUGUGGUCUUAAAAAAUGAAAAAACAAUGUGACAGUUAUAUAGAGGCACUUAAGUAUAAAUAAGAAUAAGAAAUGUAAAUUAUUCUUUAGAUCUGAAAUAGCAAGAAACUAAAUUAUGUUCCACCAAUUAUGUUGAAGAACAUAGACUUGAUGAAAAGAAGUGAUAAAACUACACUUCCAAGAUCAAGAAUAACAUCUUUUAAUUAAUAAGAUUUUAACUUAAAAUCUAUAAAGUAAAUUAUCCAAUAGAAUGAAGAACAAAUUGGAAAUUCUAUAUAUAGUGUAACUAAUUCUGGCAGAUCAAACGCUUAACCUUUUUUUUUUUAAAGACAUAAACUAUCUCCUAUUAGAGAAGUUUAAAAUUGCAUUGACUAAUGUGAUACUCUUCUCUAAGACGUUUAAAGUAUUAGUAAGUAAAUGAUAUAAAUUACAAUAGGGAGUUUAAUUAACCUAAAUUUGAUAGAUUUAAAUUGUAUAUCUAAAAGAGAUAAAAAGAGAAACUCAAAGAAAUGUUUUUAUUAAGAAGAUUACAGUGA